AUGGCGUCGUCUUCGAGCCAUCGCUGGUUCCCCAAGAAUGAGAGCCUCGCCAAAAGGGACGACGAUCUCAAUCUACCCCAUCAUCAUGGACCUGGCUGGCAAACUCGCAGACCUCGGGGACGCUGGCUUCGCUAUAUCGGCUACGCGCUGUUCGUCGUCGGCCUCGUCUCCCUGCUUCGGCACAUGACCUACUCGCCCGAGGAAGAUAUAGUGCGCCCAUAUUCGCAGUAUCGAAACAACCACCCGAAAGCGGCGGCUAUGCCAACAAGGCUCACUGCCCCAGUGGCGACACCUAAACCUCCAGCCGUCGACCCGAAGCCUACCGACCACGCCCCCGAGAUACCCGCCGCAGACGAAGCGCUCGACAAUGCACGACAUUUUAGGGGCAAGCUCAAGUUCAAGGCGCUCACUGCAAGCAUUCGACAGCUGAGCUCGGCCCCUCUCGGCACGGGAUUCAACACUGUCAUGUUCGCGGCCUCCAACCUGCAGAGCGCAGCAACCGUACUCCCAAUGGCGUGCGAGAGAGCAACAUCCCGAAAGGAUCGCGUCUUCUUUGUCCUUUUUGGCGAUAGCGAUAUCAAGCUGGAAGACCUACUCAAGAUCAAUGGCAUUCAUGAGUCUUGCAAGGUCAUGACCAUCGAUGCUCGCGCCGACCAGAGUCGCCAACUAAGCAGCCCUAGAUUGGCGCUUGCUGCCGCGCGUGCAAUGUUUUACCUCGCCACAUAUCUGAGGCCUCUAGCUGUUAUUGUGGAUGGCUCCUCCACCGAGGACCGUCCAUUUUUAGACGGCAUAAAGGAUCAGAUGACAGACGCUCUUCGAGUCACUUUGAUAGAGCUGCCUGCGAGGGCCCAAUCUCGUCUGGCAUGGAUGUCUCAGUUGGAGGCCACUGCAUUAGCUUCAUGGAAUGACGUACAUUUUGACAUUAUAAUUCAUGCGCCACCAACAGGAACCGGAAACCUCAAGCGUCUGCUGCGGUCACUUGCUGCGGCUGAUUUGGCUGGACACAGCGUCCCACACAUGACUGUCGAGCUGCCCCCAACUCUCGACAUUUCGCUAGAGAGGUUUCUCUCUACUUUUCAAUGGCCUCGGCCCAGGCUUGCCGGCUCCCACCCCAGCAUGCUGACGCUGCGACAUCAGAUUCAGCACGAAAAGCCCAGCCCGAGCGAGAGCGCGGUCCGUCUGCUCGAAUCGUUUUGGCCGAGCGAUGCUACCAACAGUCACGCUCUAAUCUUAUCACCUCAUACGGAGGUAUCUCCGCAAUUUUUUCACUACGUUAAAUAUAUGCUGCUCUCCAGGCGUUACAGCAAUGAUGGUCCGGCUGACCUCAUAUUUGGCAUGUCAUUUACGGUGCCCAAGACUCGUAUACAGAAUACGAAACCAUUUUCUGCGCCAGAAUCCGACAAGGGAGACUCAUCAUUCCUAUGGCAGGCACCGAGCAGUGACGCCAUGCUUGUCUUCGGGGAUAAAUGGACUGAGCUGCACGGCUAUGCAUCACGGAGCCUAGACGCGCAAAAGGCAGCGACAUCUGUGCCCAGCAUGGCGCAAUCAAGAGACGUUGCGGAGAACAAGCCUGCUUGGCUGGAGUAUAUGCUACAGCUUUGUCGUCUUCGCGGCUACUUUACCGAAUACCCAAGCAAAGAGACGGCUGAUGCCAUUGUCGGUGUCUAUGCCGAUCUACCAGAUGUGCCUGACGGCCGUGACAAGGGCAAAGAAGACACACGACUCGAAGCACAAAGAGACAACCACUUUGAUGCCGGAUCGCAGGCGGAUAUGCUCAGCACGCUACCGGAUGGCGGUGCCAUCCCAGGCCUGCACACGCUACCCAUUUUGUCAUGGGAGGGAACAGCAAGCACCUUGCAUGAUAUUGCGGAAGAGUCCAAGAAGCAAGCGACCGAGUUUCGGCGACAGAUUGGUACAUGCACAGAUUCGGAUUUGGUUGUGCAGAAAGCCGACAGGUCUGCAGCGGACCUGUUUUGCGCAGCUAAGGACAGUGCGCCAUGA